CCGCACAGUUUCUGCUUCCUGUUUGUCAAAUGUGGUUGUCCUACAUAGCAGCACUGAUUCAGGCCUGAGAGCUGAUCAUGUCACUGAACCAACUUCAUAGCUGGCUGAAUGCUGUGGUCUUUGGGCUCCUGCUUCUCCUUCUUCAUGUGCAGGGUCAGGACUCCUCAGAGGCCAGCCCCAUCAGAAACACACACACAGGCCAGGUCCGAGGCAGCCUCAUUCAAGUGACUGACACCAAAGUUGGUGUCCACAAAUUCCUGGGAAUCCCCUUUGCCAAGCCACCUGUAGGGCAACUGCGCUUUGCACCCCCUGAAGCCCCUGAACCAUGGAGUGGUGUGAAAGAUGGGACCUCCUAUCCAGCCAUUUGUCUGCAAAAUAUUGAUAAGAUGAAUUCAGAGAGCCUAAAGAAGUUAAAAAUGAACCCGCCUCCCAUCUCCAUGUCUGAGGACUGCCUGUAUCUCAACAUCUACACACCAGCACAUGCCCGUGAAGGCUCUAACCUGCCUGUGAUGGUGUGGAUCCAUGGUGGUGCUCUGGUUGUAGGAAUGGCCUCCAUGUAUGAUGGGUCCAUGCUGGCAGCCAUUGAGGAUGUGGUGGUGGUCACUAUUCAGUACCGCCUGGGUGUCCUAGGAUUCUUCAGCACUGGAGACCAGCAAGCCAGAGGCAACUGGGGUUACCUGGACCAAGUUGCUGCCUUACGCUGGGUCCAACAGAACAUUGCCUACUUUGGAGGCAACCCUGACCAGGUCACCAUCUUUGGUGAGUCAGCAGGUGGCAUAAGUGUGUCUUCACUUGUUCUAUCCCCCAUGUCCAAAGGACUCUUCCACAGAGCCAUCAUGGAGAGUGGAGUAGCCGUGUUGCCUGGUCUCAUCUCCAACUCCUCUGAGGUGAUUCACCAAAUGGUGGCCAGCCUAUCUGGAUGUGAAGCCAUAGACUCAGAGGCCCUGGUGCACUGUCUGAGAGGCAAAAGUGAAGCAGAAGUUCUGGAUAUUAACAAGGUCUUCCAGGCCAUCCCUGCUGUGGUGGAUGGAGCGUUCUUCCCCAGGCAUCCCCAAGAGUUGUUGGCUUCUGGGAAUUUUCACCCUGUCCCCAGCAUCAUUGGUGUCAACAAUGAUGAGUAUGGUUGGAUCAUCCCUGUGGCUGUAGAAAAUGACCAAAAAAUAAAGGAAAUAACCAAAGAGAACCUGGAGACUGUUAUGAAGGAAACAGCAGCACAAAUGAUGCUGCCUCCUGAGUGCAGCGACCUGCUAAUAGAAGAGUACAUGGGGGACACUGAGGAUCUCCAACCUUUCCAAAUACAGUUCAGAGAGAUGAUGGGAGACUUCAUGUUUGUGAUCCCUGCACUCCAAGUAGCACAUUUUCAACGUUUCCAUGCCCCUGUAUACUUCUAUGAGUUCCAACAUCAGCCCACCUUUUUCAAGCAAGUGAGGUCACCCCACGUGAAGGCCGACCAUGGAGAUGAGAUUCCUUUUGUCUUUGGGUCCUUAUUCUGGGGUGUGAAACUUGACCUCACUGAGGAGGAAGAGUUACUGAACAGGAGGGUGAUGAAGUACUGGGCCAACUUUGCAAGACAUGGGAACCCCAACAGCGAGGGUCUACCCUACUGGCCCAUGAUGGACGAGGAUGAGCAAUACCUGCAGCUGGACAUACAGCCUGCUGUGGGCCGAGCCCUGAAGGCCCGAAGGCUGCAGUUCUGGACCCAGACUCUGCCCCAGAAAAUCCAGGAGCUAAAGAAAUCUCAGAACAUGCACAACGAGCUAUAGUGCCCUGUGUGAUGAAUGGUGUGUAGCAUUGGCUGCUGAUGGGGUCACCUUGAGUUUCCCAAAACAUACUGAGUGACCAGGAUUUAUCCUAACAGUCACAAACCAUUCACAACCUCUAUACUUGUCUGUUCUUCUACAUUUAUCAUGAAUCCUCUGUAUGUGAUCCUAUCCUGCUGGGUCAUCUUUGGUUAGACCCACUCAAUAAAUAUUCCCAUAACAAUA